AUGGCUGCCAUGACCCCUGAGCAUGAUGAGGCCAAAAAGCAUGAUCGUUCACCGUUCCCAAAAAACCCAUGGCAGAAAAUGGAGGAUGCCAAACGACAGCGCUUGGACCUCGAGUCGGCAAACGCUUCAACACCCCUGUUGCCCAAAGCUGCGCCCAUCCCCAGGGGGUACGCGCCCAUGCCAGCAGAAGACGAAGAUGUCGAUUUUAAUUCACCAAAGGUACCAGAUAAAGUGUCCAUGAGAGGGAUUGCCUCACUGCUGCGGCAAGAGAUUCAGCCAAUGAAAUCCUCAAUGGAUGAGUUGACACGAAACUUCCGGGACCUUGAUGCCAGAUUCAGCGACUUUAAAUCAACAGUGGACGAUCGGAGCUUUGCCAACAAUUGCAGUUGUGCUUCCCAAGAGAUCCCUGACAACAUGAAGAAGGAGGUUGAACUUCAAAUGCGGCAUUUGCAGAAGGAACGUCAGGAGGCUGGCACUCUGAUGGCAGACAAAAGAUGUUUGACUGCCGUCAUCGACAACCUCCAGGGCCUUGAGAGCUUAUCGCACGCACAAUCUUGGCUGACAGAGAAGUUGUCUGCGUUGGACGCUCCAGCCCCAGAAAGCAUCUAUGACAAGGGUGGGUUCCAAGGCACAAUAUUUGCCGAUUUUUCUUCGCACGAGGAUCGCGAUUUGGCGGUUGCACUGUUGCGUAGUGCUGGCAUCAACCAAGGGGGACACAAGGUUUGGGCCACACAAGACAGACCACCAGUGGAACGAGCUGCUCGCAAUUUCUGCUUUGGAUUGAAGAACCUGUUCAAAAAUGUUUGGGGCAUUCCAUAUGUUGCGCAUGUCAUGGAUGGUGUUGCGUACUCUGUGUGCGUAGGCGGGGAGCUGGCCCUUACGGCCCAUGUGAUGCAAGGCGGUGUCACAUGUGAAUGGCACGGAGAGUGGGCCACUUGGAACUAUUUGCACAACAGCCCGGAGCUCAAAGCGCUCAUGUGCAAAUCCGAGGAGCUUGUUGCUAGAGCAGGCAAGGGUAUGAAAGGCAGCUUCAAGGCAAACGGAAAAACCGCUGGCCAAGAGUAG